GGCUAUGAAGGGAGCCUUAUAAAUAGGCCAUCAUUCUCCUAUGGCAUUAAAAUUCUCCCUGAUUUAUUGGCCACGCGUGUCAUGAAUUAACGCGUAGAACGUUCAUUGUGCUAUCAUUUGUCAUUUUACACUUUGGAGCGCUUUAAAUUUUGUUUGGUGGAAAAAGGCGCUAAAUCUCCUUCACUGAACACACCCAUGUGCUGAUUUAUAAGUUUAAUUGAUAAAUUUACAUUCGAAAAAUAAACAAAAAAGAUUUUCUUACACAAAUAUGCGUUAUUUUUAAGUUUAAUUGAGCAAAUUAUCGUUUGAAAUUUAAAUUUAAAGUUAAUGUAUCUUUGGUAAAGUUUAAAGUUUACGUAAAAUAGGUCCAAGCGCUCCUUUCAGUGAGUAUUUGCUGUGAACCCCGCAAAGUUUGUUUAUCUUGCAUUUUUGCCGGACUUCUUUGCAAAUAAAUAAAAAAUAUGGGAAGUCAAACCAAAAAUGUAAUAACCGAUUGGAAGAAAUUAUGGCAGUUGGUGUCUGGCAUACACCAUGAAACACCCGAAAGCACAGUAUUGGAGGAGCUAACAAACGUAAGCCAAGAAUUAAAGGAUGGACUGUUGCAAUUUAAGACUGUGAAUGAUUCCAAAACGACUUUGGAAAAGUUGUUGAAUGAAAAGAAGCAAGAGAAACUGCUGCCGUUUACUAUGCGUUUGCAAGAAUUGCUGGAUCUGGAAUCAUUGCAAUGUUGGGAAAUUUUAUGUUUCUAUUUGGCCAAUGAAUAUCGCGGUUCGGCCAGUUCUUUAACCACACUUAUAUCCACGGAGAACAACAUGACCCAAUUGCUGGACGACAUUUGGGGCUACUACACAUUGGAACGUUUGAUUGUAUUGAAAAUUGUCAAAAAUCUGUUGAUAUUUUAUCGUGUCCCACAUCACCCAUAUCACAAUGAGUAUAAGGAAAUUGUGAAUAAAAUUGGCAUGGACAAACUAAAACAGUCGUACAUAAAACAACUGGAGCAUUUAAUAAAUGAGACACCGCCACAGAAAUUAACCAAUCGUGAAUUUUUCAAUUAUCAAUCAAAAUUGGUUAAUUGGUCGGAACGCAAUGCCCGUGAAAUCAUCGAAGUUUCCCAGAUUAUUCUAUUGCUGUGUGACCAUAAACAUUUCAAUUCCGAGGAAAUUAAGACUCUGUUCAAUUGUUUCAAACAACAUUCGUUCGGUAGACAACAAAGCUAUUUGAGUGCCUCCUCCAAUGCACUGCAUUUUGAAUUGCAAACUCGUUUGGCCUAUGUGGAACUGGCGUUGUUCCUCAAAUGUUUGGAUUUUAAAAGAGACAAUGGCUCCAAGGAAUUCGCCAAUGAUGUAUUUAAGAAAUUAGAUAAAGAUGUAACCGGCAUGUGUUAUCAUCCUGAAAAUGGCCCAAUGCUAUUGUCAUGGAUGCUUCUGCAAAUUCAAUAUACUGAUGCUGCCGAAAAUGAGGAACAGCUGCUACGAUGCCGCAAAAUGGGCAAGAGGGCAGUUGAUUUAAAUUGUUUCAAGUUUUUGCUUGAUUUAAUAUCAAAUUCUAUGUUUAAGGAUGAUUCUUUGGUGUCCAGAAUAGUUAGAAAAACCAUUUAUAGUUUGUUAACAUGUUUGUGUGAAUAUUUUGAUGGCGAUGGAUCCUGUUCUAAGCAUCCAUAUAUUUAUGAACUUUUAUGUGAAUUACUGAGCUGGCCAACUCUGGCUAAGGAGUUUUGUUCACACGAAGAUGGUGGAGUACGAUCUUUAUAUGACACGUUAUUGGAGAUGUUUCCCUUAGAUUUUGCUCAUCUUUCCAUGAUGGCCACAGCUCUGACUAAGGGUGGCAUGGGAAACUAUGUCAAACAAAACCUUGAAUCACUGCCCAUACUUACCGACGUUUAUGACGAAAAUAGAUUUCAUCUAAAACCGGUGGGAGGAGAUGAUUAUAUUUUGAGUAAUGCAGUUAAACCAUUUCCCCGAAUCGACUUCUAUUUACCGGAGGGUACACCAGCUACAGUUUUGGGUCGACCAGAAGGCUAUUGCGUACACUUCCGUUUACCGGUGAACUAUUUUAAUGUAUUGCACCACGAAAUCAAUUCCUUGCUUACGGAAACAAUGCAUUAUCAUGGGGAUUAUGAAAAUACUGAACGAGUUCGUCGUGUUAUCGAGGGUUUGAAAUAUUUACAUGCCGCCCUAAAGAAAACAAAGUCCUUGCAAGGAAUCAGUGUUGAAAUGGUCCAUCCAACGGAAAUGUGUAUAGAUUUGUUAAACAAAUUUAAGGCUGUACAAAAACCACCCAUCGAAUUACUGGCCAAUGCAUUGAAUGUGUGUACCGCCCUGUUGCCCUUGGCGGAUGCAGAAAUAUUUAUACGAGUUAUAAACUUAUCUAUUUUGCCGGUAAUAAGCAAUGAUUCUUUGGGAGAUUAUAAAAAAUAUGCCCAUGGUUCGUGUUUCGAUCCGCUAUUAGUUGGCUUCUAUUUGGUGGAUGUGGAAAAGAAACGUGAAAGUUUUGAAUUUUUACAAGCCUAUUUAGGUUUCUUAAGAACCUAUACAAAAUUGCAGAGAAGAAAGUACUUUCAAGUGGAAAUUCCUGGAUUGAUAUUUUUGCUACGUGAUGUUUUUCCCCACUUGCAUGUAUGGCGUUUUCGGUCGCAACAGGAGAAAUACACUAUUUAUGCUGAAAUUAUGGGUUUUAUAUGUGACAUAUUGGACGAGUUCACAGCCCUGGAAAAAGACAAGGAAUUGCCUAAAGAGCAGAUUUUGUUAAGAGACAUUUGCGUAUAUUCCAUGUUGAAUAUGGAGAAUGGUCUAAUUCUUCUACGUUUCGUUGCCUUGGGGAAUGCAUACUUGCAACACUGCAUGGAAAUGGAAUCGAAUUGGAUGGUACAACAAAGUCAUGGCCUAGUGUUGUUGGUGCGACUAUCCAUGCGCAUUUUAAUGCAAGUUUUAAAAUUAAAAUGUACAAUUUUUGAAUCCACCGAAUUAUCUCCAUUGGAGGCCAUGAUUUAUACCCAACCCAAACAAAGAGAUACAUUACGCAUUAUACCAGUGGUGACACGUUACAUGAGCAAUAUCUUUGACAGAUGGUUGCCCAUAUUGUCAUGUAGACUGUUGAAAAGAAUAGCUUUGGAAUUUAAUAUGUCCCUGCUGGCAUGUUUGGAUAUGGAACCAGAUCAAAUACGCAUGACAUUCUUGCAAAAACUACCCGAUGAAUUGGAAAGUGAUUCCAUAAAGAUUGCCAUAUUAGAAUUAGUGGAAUCGUGUAUAGCCAAACAACCGGGUGUAACAGAAGCUUUCUUUAAGGUCAACUACAACAAGGAGAAACGUAUAUUUGGCAAAGAGAAUGAUACACAAAUAUCGGAUAGCAUUGUGACUUAUAUGGAAGAUUAUUUAGAAGCGGUUAGUAAGGACCCCCAGAUUGUUGAGCAAAUUUUGCCUAGUAAAAUAAUGAAUCUGUUUCAUAUGCUAUGGAAGCAAAAUAUGCAAAUAUUGGUUGAUUCUCUGGUCCAAAAAGCAAAUUUCUGGGAUAAGCUAUGCAAGCCUUUGUUUAGCGAAUAUAAAUCUAAUGUCAAGGCAUAUACCCAAUUACUAAAUAUUUUGGGCAUUGAAAUAUUCUCCAAUCAUCAUAAACCCAAUAGUGACUUGAAGAAGGUGGUGGCCAAACUUUUUGAGGCACCGUAUUUUGAAAAAUGGAUUGAUUUUGUAUUCGAUUUACCCAAGGCGGCUGUAGAUAAGCCUCAUGAAUUUAACCCCGAAGAGAUGCCGGAAUGGUUGUGCCGCUUACAGGCAUUUAAAAGUUUUCUUUUAAUUUUGCUGAAAAAACAACCGGCAUUCAUGGAAAUUCCCCGCAAACAAUUUAAACUAUUGGCGCAAAAAACUCUCAACAUCUUGGUGGAGAGAUCCGAAUAUGUGGAGGAUCUAAGGCCUCUAAUUAUCAUUUCGGAAUUAUAUUUAUUUAUUAUAUUGGGUUUCAAACAUGCAUAUACCGAAUCUUCAGAAGAACAUCGUUAUACAUUGAAACAACUUAAUAAUCUACUGGCCAAAGUGGCUGCUUGUUACAGUGACUUACAUGUUAGGGCCAAAGAGGCUUGUCUCUCGAUAGCCAUAAAAUCGGCCGAUUUAUUAUCAGAAGAGUUGACAGAAGACUCCUCGUUGUCAAUGAUGUUUUUACACUCGGUUGUUAAUAUCAUUUGUUCGGAAUUACACAACCUAGAGAAUUGUGUUAAAAUAGAGGUCCAAAGCAAAAAGGCCUCGGAAGAACAGAAGCGCAGUUCACCGUCAUCCUCAAAUGCCUUGGUACUUUGUUUAAAUCUAUUGAAAACCAUUGCUGCUAUUUUCCACAAUGACGGAUUUGGUAACUGGGAUUUGCCAUUUAUUACGAACAAAGUCUUCCAGCGUUUGCUUAGUUGUACUGGCUCCAUACUACAGCUGCACAAUAAACAACAACUCUCCGUAGAACUUUUGGACGUCCUUAUCGUUUUUGCCAAAGGAAAUUGUUCGGCAGAAUUCUUACACUGUGAUGUGGGUGAUUAUUUAUGGCUAAAACUGUUACCACCCAAAGAGUUGUUGGAGGCCAACUAUUCGUUGCAGCCCAAGGAAAGCGAUUGGACUGUACACCGUUGGUGGCCCAUAUAUGCCAGGGGCAUUGAGUUGGUUACAAUUCUAUUCCAGAAACAUUCAUAUCAUUUUCUCAAAGAAACUUUGCAAUUUGUGGGUAUCCAUGAGGAAUAUUUGGUUGACUCGCUGCUGUUGAGUAAACAAUCAUUGGAGCCUUCAGCUAUGCGUUUGAUUAAGAGCUGUGCCACAUUGCUCUCCAAUUUAGUGUCGUUCGAGAAACAAUGGCGUUUGGAGCAUUCACAAUCUCUUUUCAAUUUAAUGCGAUCAGUUCAAAUACUCUUGAGUCAUGCCAUAUCCAUGUUCCAUCAACCCAAAAACUUGAAAUUACUAAUUGCCGGACGUCGUUCUCAAUUGGAAAUCAUAAGAGAUUCAGAAAGUGCCGGUCUUGUAGAUGAGGCCAUAACAGCAUUUAAUGAUCUAACAGAAAUUAUCAUAUUGUGUGUCAAGUGCCUUCAAGCAUUUACCCCCAAUUUGGUUGAUUUAAUUUGUGAACCAGAAUUUGCGGUUUUCAAAUGGGAGCCCAUAUUUGAGAUAUGUUUCGGUGCCCCCAAAUUAAGUGAGAAUGCUGUGCAUCUUACAUUUGGAACUGUGCUGAGUAUUGUAGGAGUUUAUACAAAGGUUUUAAAUUUGCAAAAUUAUGGUUUCCAUGAAGUUCCUCUCAAUGUAUUGCCGGAAGUAAGUCGACAGAGUGGUAGCACAGGCAGUGCUCAUUCUAAUAUUACAAAAUCACCACAAACCCACAAUGUUUCGCAACGACCUUUUUCAAAAUCACUUUCGGUGGCCUCUGUUUCAUCGAUUAGUUGUCCACCCAAUGAAUUGCUGUCAAAUUUGGAUGGUGAAUUGUGUUUAGUGGCUUUGGAACAUAUUCUCUCACUGGCCGCUUCACAGAGUUUGUUGGCCCUAAAAAACCCCUGUCUGUCAACCCGAGAAAAACAGCUUAUACGCCGAGAAAUAAGUAGCGAACUAUUGUCAUAUCAUGAAUUUGUUCGUAAAAAGGUUGUGGUGGACUUCAGGGAACAUAAUAAAAUAUGGCAGCGUCGUAAGCAUGGACAGGUCUUAAUGUUAGAAGUAGAAUCCGAAAAGGAACUGAAUGGCAGUGGAGCCUCGACCAGUAGUGCUGCGGCCAACCGCCUACCAGAGGUUCAACGAAAACCGCCAUCUUCAGAUUUAAGAGUCAAUGUGGUGAGACGUUUGCAUUUGCAACAGCAGCAGCAACAACGAACUCCUGGACCAUCGGGAGGUUUUGAAAUGUCACGCAUUAUUAGUCCCAUUGGAAGUGGUGGUGGUGGUGCCAGUAGUAAAAUACAACAUCCGCCGGCUGCCUCGACACCAGCCUUAUCACGCCCACCCUUACGUAGACCCGGUGAUGUAAACGAUGAUGAAUACCAAAAACGUGUGCACAUCGACGACGAAGCCAGCGCCAUGUUGGAAUUGCAAGAGGAGGAGGAAGACAUCUAUUUCCCACCAGAAGAACCUAAAUACAGUGCCCUCUCUUAUGUACAAUUUGUCGAAGAAGAUUAUUUACAUUUUAUGUCAAAUCUAUUCUUCGUCAUUUGCCAAAAUGAUUAAAAUUGAUGAGAU